GACCCCCAGCCCUCUCCCCUGGGCCAUGGCCAACUCGGGCCUCCAGCUCCUGGGCUACUUCCUGGCCCUGGGUGGCUGGGUGGGCAUCAUCGCCAGUACAGCCCUCCCGCAGUGGAAGCAGUCCUCCUACGCGGGCGACGCCAUCAUCACCGCUGUAGGCCUCUACGAAGGGCUCUGGAUGUCCUGUGCCUCCCAGAGCACCGGGCAGGUGCAGUGCAAGCUCUAUGACUCGCUGCUCGCCCUGGAAGGUCACAUCCAGUCAGCACGAGCCCUCAUGGUGGUGGCCGUGCUCCUGGGCUUCGUAGCCAUGGUCCUCAGCGUCGUCGGCAUGAAGUGCACCCGGGUCGGAGACAGCAACCCCAUCGCCAAGGGCCGCAUUGCCAUCUCUGGGGGCGCCCUCUUCCUCUUGGCAGGCCUCUGCACCUUGACCGCAGUCUCAUGGUAUGCUACGCUGGUGACUCAGGAGUUCUUCAACCCAAGCACACCUGUCAACGCCAGGUACGAGUUUGGCCCAGCUCUGUUCGUGGGCUGGGCCUCAGCCGGCCUGGCCAUGCUGGGGGGUUCCUUCCUCUGCUGCACAUGCCCGGAGCCCGAGAGAGUCAACAGCAACCCACAGCCCUACCGGCCGGGCCCCUCAGCUGCCGCCCGAGAACCAGUUCUUAAAUUGUCUGCCUCCUCCAAGGCCCCUCUGGGGGUGUAAUGUCCGGGUCCCCAGCCUGGCUCUGUCUCCCUGCCACACCUAGACUGUGUGUUUGGUCUUUUUUUGGAAAGAGAAGUGAACAUCCAGCCCCAGUGUGGUGUCCUUUGAUCUGUCCCUGGCAUGGUCAGGGCGGGGGCUGCCCCAGGAAGUCAGAGCUGUUCCCUGGGGUUGUUGGGCAUAAAGGAGGGGAGAGAGGUCCAGGGCGGGUUACACAGCAGGGCCAAGGCUGAUCAGGACUCCUGCCCCCCACCGCCCCAGUGACCUGCGCAGUCUGGCCUUGGGUUGGCUCCAGGACCUCCUGGAUGGGAGACCCCAUCCUGAGGCCUGGCCCAGCACUGGGCUCCGGCCCCGGAGUCAGGGAGCCCUUGGCCUAAAGAGAGACACAAUCCCACCCCGUUACUCAGCCUGCCCUGGGAGCCCCCCUG